UUUAUGUCGAGAAGGUCUGCCUGUACUCAUAAAUAUACAGGUACUGGUCUGAAACAUUUAUUACAAAAAAUUCAAAAAACAAAAAUACAGCGAAGAAGUUUAAAGACCAUGUACAACUGGAUUCAGGGUCCACACUUCAAUGAAUGCCAGAGGGAAAAUGAUGGUAAUACUGGAAAGCUAGCGUGUGAAGGUACAGUGAAGCUAAAUGCCAAUGCGCAAGAGUUUGUGCCACGUUUUAAGAGGGAAGAUUCGCCGAACCACGAUGCCAUAGUUGGUAACAGUAACAUAAACAACACGAUUAACGAGGGCCAAAAAAUGAAAACUAACCUUAUGUUGCCGUGGAAAGGAUUUCCCAAUAAAUCUGAAAAACCUUCCCGUGGCCCACAGGUGGUUUUGUUAAAGGACGUGGACUAUGUAGUUUUACCGUCCACCAAAAGAUUGAAAAAGCCCACUGAGGACAAACUAUAUGUGGAAAAUGUUCCCACUUCCUCCUCUAAGGUCUAUUCAAAUGCUCCGGCUCCUGCUGGAAAUCGCUUUGAUAACGAGGAAAAGCGGCGCGAGCACGAGAGAAAAGUAGCCUUGGAAGCCCUAAAAUUGACCGAACAGCGCCGAAUGAGGGAUCCUGUAAUAACCCCAAUGGAAGGCAAUGAAAACUCGAAGGACGUGCGACCAAUUAUAAAUCUCUCACGAUCCCCAAUAAGAUUCACGCCGGAGGAAAGGAUUAGAGUAACCCGUCUAAAGGCUGCGAAGAGAGAGCGUAUCGAGCGUAUCCUUCGCGAGAUGACAAACGCGAAGCAGACACAACUAGAGGAACAGGAGCUCCAGCAGGAUAAGAUUUCCUUUGAUAAUAAAUCUGAAGAACCCAUUAAGCCUAAGGAGCCUCAUGAUCAUUCGGAGAAGGAGGAAGUACCCGUGGUCACCAAAAAGAGAUACAUACCCACCACCAAGGAAUGGGACGAGCAAUGUCGUGCCAAGAAUUUGGCUAAGGUGGAAGCUCAAAAGCAAAACCCAAUGGGUGUCCAGGAAGCGAGCCCUGCGCUAUCGUCAUCUGAAUCCCCAGUUUCAUCAAAGCAGCCAUUGAUUAAAGCGAAUGUGGUUAACAUAACUCCAUGGGGAGUUAUUCGCCUGGGGGAUCUGAGAGCCACAACCCAACCCCGCUAUUGCCCACCUUCUGAACUAUUGGAUGCGGAGAAGCGCAGGGGAAAUCUCACCCACUUCCGACCCCUUCCCAACUGGACAAUCCGUCGAAGCCCGCAGGUUCCAUUGAAGAUCCUGCUCAAUCAGCGGGGCAAGAUCGUGCAGCGCUAUAGCAUCGAUCAACUGCUGGUACUAGAGCCGCAGCCUGAAGAACUUGAGGAGCCCCGUGUGGAUGAGGCCCUGUUAGGCUUGGGAUUUCUGUGCGAUUCAUUUAGACGCGCUCCAUGAAUGUAUUGAAGUUUUUAAUCGUUUAGUUUCGAAUUUAUUCUGAACUUAUUGAUUAAAAACAUUUUACCAUUUUCCAAUCACUGUACUUGAAUCUCUGAAAUAAACAUUACUUCAAUGCCGAUAAA